UUACUGGAUACUGUGAAUGACAAUUCAGGAACUCCUGCUCACACACCGCAUGUAGCGCAAAGAAGGAGGCGUAAACAGUGACAUAGCUAGGUAGCCAGCGAGCUCCGUCAGCAAACACUUUGGAGAAGUUUGACCUAUGGUGAUCACAACAUGAUUCCAUUGAGGAAUUUCUGUAAUGGAGAUGAGCAGCAGCAACAGCGAGUGCUUUGGAUGUGGCCGCUCUGGGCAUUGGGUCAAGCACUGUCCUAAUGCUGGAGGUGGACGUGGACGCGGCAGGGGUCGGGGACGAGGCAAGGAGCUGUUCUGCUAUCGGUGCGGAGACCAAGGACACAUGGCACGGGACUGUGACCAAACUGAGGAUGCGUGCUACAACUGCCACAGGAGUGGUCACAUUUCCCGGGACUGCAAGGAGCCUAAGAAAGAGAGGGAGCAGCUGUGCUACACCUGCGGCAAAGCUGGACAUAUGGCCCGCGACUGUGACCAUGCCAAUGAGCAGAAGUGCUACUCCUGCGGUGGGUUCGGUCACAUCCAGAAACUUUGCGAUAAGGUGAAAUGUUACAGGUGUGGUGAGAUUGGUCAUGUUGCUGUGCAUUGCAGUAAAGCCAGUGAAACUAACUGCUACAACUGCGGAAAGGCAGGCCACCUGGCAAAAGAGUGCACCAUUGAAGCCACCGCAUAAUCAGUGCCCUCUGUUGCCCCUCCUUUUUUCAGAUUGAUGGUUGGUUGUAUUAUUUUCUCUGAAUCCUCUUCACUGGCCAAAGGUUGGCUAACAGAGGCUAGUCCCAGGCCAGUGAGCCUCUCGACAUGUAAUACAAUGAAAGGGGUGAAAAAAUAUCUUUCUGCAUUCAAUACAAAAAUGUUUUAGUUUGGUAGCGGUGUUAUGUAUAAUGCUUUGUUAAAGAACCCCCCUUUCCAAGCCACUGGUGAUCAGAGAUGAAUAAAUGGGACUAAACAUAUGGGAAUCUAUAGGACCUCUGAGCUUAUGGAAGUGAGUCUCAGUAAAAUGAGAUAGAAGAAGGGAGUAAAUGGAACCUGAACUUCCAUGUAUGGUUAUUUUGGUUUGUUUUAGUGGGAUAUAUGAGUUGGCCAAGGGAGUAUGACAUGGAAACAGUUCAUAACAUGAUGCAUUUCAGCCCUACAUGCAGCUAAGCGGGCGAUAACAAACUACAUGUUAUAUUGCUAAGAUAUAAAAUUUUGGAGGUAUUAAAAGAAA